GGCUCGGCGCGACCCCGCUCGGGGCAGGCAGUUUCAGUCAAUGUGCGUGCGUAUUAGCUAAGGCACUGAGACCGGUGCUGUUCCGAGACGACCUUUCGCAAAUGGGGGCUGUAGAUGGACGUGCGUUCAGCUGUUCGACGACCAAUCGCAGCGCUGGAAGGCCGAGCUGCGUUUACAGGAAGUUGUGACCCGGAAGUACUUGCGCGUUGGUCCACACACCAAAAAGCUUGAAUGCGGACAGUUGGCGGGAGUUUAUGCGACGUAGAUUUGAGCACGGAAGGGGAUCGUCGAGAAGAGACUGCCUGAGCCAUGGAGGGGAAGCGCGUGAACGGCAGCCCGGUGACAGGUGGAGCCUCUCAGGCCAAGCGGAGCAAAGUGAGCGGGGACUGGGAAGACGGUCCCUCUCUCUUUGAGGAGGAGCUGGCCAUGCUGGACGAAGCCGAGAUGGAGGCGGAGUUGAGGGAGGGACAAGCCGGCCACGAUGUCAUUCCUGUCGGUGACCUGUUCUCGGCAGACCUGAACCCCCGCUGGCGCCGUCCGCAGCCCCCGCUCCUGGACUCCACGGCCGACAAGCUGGUCUUCCAGCAGAUAGAGAUCGACUACUAUCUGGGCUCCCCUGUGGAUGGAAUGCCGGGCCAGAACCAGGGCAGCGUUCCCAUCAUCCGCAUGUUUGGCGUGACCGACAACGGGAACUCCGUGUGCUGCCACGUGCAUGGUUUCGCGCCAUACUUCUACACACCUGCGCCGAGCGGCUUCUCUCCAGCACACCUCAGUGACUUCCAGAAGGAGCUGAACGCCGUUGUACUGAAGGACAUGCGCUCCAACAAGGACAGCGUGUCCGUCACUGUGCUCGCCGUCGACAUCAAGCGCAAAGAGAGCAUGUAUGGCUUCCAUGGCAACCGGUCCGUGGACUUCCUUCGCAUCACCAUGGCAAAACCCCGCCUCAUUGCCCCUGCCAAGAGGUUGCUGGAGCAAGGCUUCAAGUUCGGCUCCUUUCCGCUGCAGAGCUACACUUCGUACGAAGCCAACAUUGACUUUGAGAUCAGAUUCAUGGUGGACAGCAACAUGGUGGGCUGCUCCUGGAUAGAGCUUCCUGCCGGGAAGUAUCGGGUGAGGGAGGAGAAGGGCUUGGCCGAUCCUGAGCUGGGCCAUCCCACCAAGGUGUCGCUGUGUCAAUACGAGGUGGACGUGGCGUGGACACACCUGGUGAGCCACCCGGCAGAGGGAGACUGGCAGCGUAUCGCCCCUCUGCGGGUACUCAGCUUUGACAUCGAAUGCGCCGGGAGGAAAGGCAUCUUCCCGGAACCUGACACGGACCCCGUGAUCCAGAUUGCGUCCAUGGUGCAGCGGCAUGGGGAAAAGGAGCCCUUUGUGCGCACAGUGUUUACGCUGCAAUCGUGCGCCCCCAUUGUGGGCUCCCAGCUGCUGUGCUUCACGCAGGAGCGGCAGCUGCUGCAGAGCUGGGCGGAAUUUGUGCGCACGGUCGACCCCGACAUCAUCACGGGCUACAACAUCCAGAACUUCGACUUGCCCUACCUGCUGAACCGUGCCGCAGCUCUGAAGGUGGACCUGUUUGCGUACCUGGGCCGUGUUCGAGGAAUCAGGUGCGUCAUCCGAGACUCGAGCUUCCAGUCCAAGCAGGUGGGCCGCAGGGAGAACAAGACGGUGAACAUGGAGGGCCGAGUGCAAUUUGACCUGCUGCAGGUGCUGCUCAGAGACUACAAGCUGCGCUCGUACACACUCAAUGCUGUCAGCUUCCACUUCCUGCAUGAGCAGAAGGAGGAUGUGCAGCACUCCAUCAUCACGGACCUGCAGAACGGGAACGAGCAGACGCGCCGCCGCCUCGCUGUCUACUGCCUCAAGGAUGCCUAUCUGCCGCUGCGGCUGCUGCAGAAGCUCAUGUGCAUCAUUAACUACAUGGAGAUGGCACGGGUGACGGGCGUGCCACUCACCUACCUGCUGUCACGUGGCCAGCAGAUCAAGGUGGUCUCUCAGCUCCUGCGCCAGGCCAUGCGUCAGGGCCUCGUGAUGCCGGUGGUGAAGACGGAGGGAGGCGAGGACUACACCGGAGCCACAGUCAUUGAGCCAGAGAAAGGGUACUAUAGUGUUCCCAUAGCAACGCUGGACUUCUCUUCACUGUACCCGUCCAUCAUGAUGGCGCAUAAUCUGUGCUACACAACACUGCUGCAGAAGGGCUCUAUGGAGAAACUGGGGCUGUCCUCGGAGGACUUCAUCAAGACCCCCACGGGGGACCUGUUUGUGAAAAGCUCAGUGAGAAAGGGGCUGCUGCCCGAGAUCCUGGAGAACCUGCUGUCUGCCAGGAAGAGGGCAAAGGCUGAGCUCAAGAAGGAGACGGACCCCUUUAAGAAGCAGGUGUUGGACGGCCGCCAGCUGGCCCUCAAGAUCAGCGCCAACUCCGUGUACGGUUUCACAGGUGCCCAGGUGGGCAAGCUCCCCUGCCUGGAGAUCUCUCAGAGCGUCACAGGCUUCGGCAGACAGAUGAUCGAACAAACCAAGCAGCUGGUGGAGGCCAGGUACACGGUUGCCAACGGUUACCAGGCUAAUGCCAAGGUGAUCUACGGGGACACCGACUCUGUGAUGGCCAAGCUGGGCGUUGCCACCGUGAAGGACGCCAUGGACCUGGGGCGUGAGGCGGCCGACUGGGUCUCGACCCACUUCACCCCUCCCAUCAAACUAGAGUUUGAGAAGGUGUACUACCCGUACCUGCUGAUCAACAAGAAGCGCUACGCUGGCCUGUAUUUCUCCUCGAACUCAGAAACGCAUGACAAAAUGGACUGUAAAGGCAUCGAGACAGUACGCAGGGACAACUGCCCCCUGGUGGCCAACCUUAUCAACACCUGCCUGCAGAAAAUUCUUAUCGACAGGGACCCCCAAGGGGCUGUGGAGCAUGCCAAGGAGGUCAUCUCAGACCUGCUGUGCAACCGCAUCGACAUCUCGCAGCUGGUGAUCACGAAGGAACUGACGAGGAGCGCCCAGGAGUACGCUGGCAAGCAGGCACACGUCGAACUGGCUGAGAGGAUGAGGAAACGCGACGCAGGAAGCGCCCCGAACCUCGGCGACAGGGUGCCCUACGUUAUCGUCAAGGCAGCCAAAGGCACAGCGGCGUACAUGAAGUCAGAGGACCCCAUCUUCGUGCUGGAGAAUAACAUCCCCAUCGACACACAGUACUACUUGGAGCAGCAGCUCUCCAAGCCCCUGCUGCGCAUCUUCGAACCCAUCCUGGGGGAGAGCAAAGCCGAGAGCGUCUUGCUCAAGGGAGACCACACCCGUUGCAAGACUGUGCUCACUUCUAAGGUGGGUGGUCUCAUGGCGUUUGCCCAGAAGAGGAGCACCUGCAUCGGCUGCCGAGCCGUGCUGAAGACGGACGCGGCCGUGUGUGACUUCUGCAAGAAGCGGCAAUCUGAACUCUACCAGAAGGAGAUCUCCCACCUGAGCUCCUUGGAGGAGCGCUUCUCACGCCUCUGGACGCAGUGCCAGCGCUGCCAGGGCUCGCUGCAUGAGGAUGUGCUGUGUACUAGCCGCGACUGUCCUAUAUUCUACAUGAGGAAGAAGGUGCAGAAGGAUCUGGACGACCAGGAGAAGCUGGUGGCACGGUUUGGGUGGUGAAGUAGAGACGGUGCCCUGCUGUGUUCCCCAGAUACCCAGCAAGCUUUGCUGCUUGUAAACAGUCAGGUGUCUCUUUUCUAUGAGUCUGUGACAGAUUAUUGUAUUUUUUACGAUUAAACUUUGUUUACGGAAAA